ACAGAAAAGGAAAGAAAAAGGAAAAGAAAGGGGAAAAGGAAAAAAACAGGAAGAGAUGGAGUCGCCACCGUCGUCUCCGACGUCGCUGGUGGUUAAUAGUCCUCGGAGGACACUGAGCCUCCUGAGAGAAAGGAGGCACAAGCAUCCUGCUAUAGAUCCAGACGAGAAGCCCGCUGUAUCAUUCGCUGCGGGGUUCGCCGAGGAGCACGGGCUGAAGCCCUCGGAGGUCUACGGCUUCGUCGGAUCCAUCACCACUGUCCUUGCCGCUGUAAUCUUCGUAGUUUGGGCGUACACUCCUGAACCGUGGUUGCAUUAUUUGGGAAUAACGUACUAUCCGAGUAAGUAUUGGGCAAUUGCAAUUCCAUCGUUUAUAAUGGUAACAGUGGUUUUGGCAAUGGUAUUUUACUUGGGAUUGAACUUCAUGGUGACACCUUCUCCAACUUCAUUUAAUGUAUUGUUUGAUGAACAUAGCCGAGAGCGCCCUUCAGUAUCAUUUUUAGGAGAGGAACAACCUAUAGAGCCCAUCUAUGAUAUUCCAGUUGACCAGAUUAACAAUCUUAUAUUUGGAUGACAACAGAACAAGUCAUUGAGCCAAGAAGGAACUAUGGAAGUUUAUCAAUAUAUAUUUUAUAACAGAACAGUCUUUUACCCUGAGGAUGUGAUAUAUGAUCUGAGGUAUGCUUAGAUUCCUGAUCAUUCAUAGAAAGCCAUUAUAUGUAAUAUAUAUAUGUCAUUCUUUGAUCGAGUUAGGCCUACUGAGAGAUGAAUUUUGGUGGCCAUAGACAAGUAUGCACAGCCUUUGCAGCCUAAAAAUUGAUUCUUUCUUCUCCUCACUCUACUCCUGAGCUUGAAAUACAUUUUCCCUCAGGGAGUUUUAGUUUCCUUUUAUCAAGGAUUGAAGAUGGCAAAUGCUCACAUGUUUCUAUGGCAUAUAGGAAUGAUCUUUGCGAUUAAUGGAGCAGUAUUGUAAGCUUGUGAUUUUCUCUCGUAAAUGUUUAUCAAUGAGAUUUUCACAAAAUAA